GUGUUAUCUUGGUAACAGAUUAAAGUCUUGGAGGUUAUUGGUGGGAGGGGAAGUAUUGAUCGCCGGCUUCUGAGGAGGACAACGUUGUAUCAUCUCUUGUCCCUGGCGUCUGGCGGAGCUGAAGCUCGUGCACUGCAUAGUAUCUUCCUCUGGACUGCUGACAGUGAUUACAGGAAAAAAAAGAAAACAUCCGAAUAUUGAUUUCUGGGAAGGGAUCCCAAAUGUCAGACUUCCGGUUCUGAGGCAGUACACCACGGUAACCAAAAAGCUAUGGAUACGAGAGAAGAUGAAGUGGAGAGUCCCAGUAUAUUUGAUCUGAACUACGUGUUGAACAGCUGCUCCAACUUCUCUCCUGACCUGGAGGAAGAAGAACGCGCUUCCAAACCAACUCUCAACUUGUUGGAGGUUAAUUACGAGGUCAAAGAAAGGGUAGGACCAUGGUGGAAGGGAGCGUGCUUCCGGAAACAGCGGAAGAAGACAGUGCUCCGUGACGUCACAAUGCAACUGAAAAGUGGACUACUGACGGCGAUACUCGGCAGCUCAGGAUCCGGUAAAACAUCUCUACUGGACGUCAUAGCGUGUAGAACGGAGGGUAAAGUCACGGGCAAGGUCUACUACAAUAACUACGAGUGUACCAAGGAGGUGAUCAAGCAGUACGGCGCGUACGUGAUGCAGGCCGACCGCUUCCUUCACAACCUGACUGUCAGGGAGACGCUGCGAUACGCCGCAUUUCUACGGCUGCCCGGCCGGACCAAGAAGUUCGAAAUCGAGAAUAAGGUAAACAAUGUCAUUAAUGAGAUGGGUUUGAAGAAUGUGGCAGACAAUAAGAUAGGCGGCACCAUUGUACGAGGAAUUUCGGGCGGGGAGCGGAGAAGAGUAACAAUUGCAUUACAGCUUUUACAAGAUCCAAAGAUUCUGCUGUUAGAUGAACCGACUACGGGUUUAGACAGCUACACAGCUCACUACCUUGUCUCAAACCUCCGGGACAUCGCGCGCAGGGGUAAACUGGUUCUCCUUACCAUUCACCAGCCUCGAUCUGACAUUUUCAAACUCUUUGAUGAAGUCGGUAUUCUGAGUAUGGGCGACAUGGUAUACUUCGGCGGGGCGGAACAAAUGCUGGACUACUACCAGGACAUUGGAUACCCCUGUCCCACCUAUGCAAAUCCUUUGGAUCACUAUGUUGAUUUGGCCAGUAUAGACAGAAGGGACCACCAGAGGGAGCACGAGACGGCGACACGCGUGCGCCACUUGGUGGACACGUUCUACAAGUCGGAGAUCCACAAUCAGACGUUAAAUGACGUCAACGAGGCCACGCUGCGCCCCACCAACAGGGCCACCAUGCUGUACUUCUACAAACCCCGCCCACCCAAUGUGUUUAGAGUCAUGUUUACUCUUUGGAAGCGGAUGAUGGUGAACUUGGCGCGGGAGCGGACGAUCUACAUCCCGCGGCUGUUCAUGCUGUCGCUGUUCGUGCCCUUCAUCCUGGCCUUCCUGGGUCACAUGAAGACCAAUCAGGAAAGUAUUCAGGACAGGAUCGGGUUGAUGUAUCAGUCCGCCAGUGUGCCCCCGUAUGUCUCCAUUCUUAAUGCCGUGGCCAUAUUUCCGCCCCUGAGAGACCUGUAUUACCGGGAAUGCCGGGACGGGUUGUACUCCACCACCACCUUUAUUCUGACAUACGCCAUCCAUGUUCUACCAUUCCACAUCAUUGCCAGUUUUUUCUUCAGUAUUAUAGUCUACUGGGUUACGGGUCUGUACCCGAGCUGGGACCGAUUCGCCAUUUACUAUGCCGUAGUGUGUGCACUUCACUUCAUAGGGGAGAUAAUCACCGUGGGCACGAUGGGGGUCCUCAUCAACCCUAAUAUCGCCAACAGUACCUCGGCCCUGGUCCUCACGGCCUCACUACUGCUGGCCUCGGGGCUCCUCAGGAGCAUCAAGAACAUGCUGGAGAUUUUCCAGUGGGCCAGCUGGCUGAGUGUUCACAAGUACAGCACAGAGAUCUUGAUGGCCAACGAGUUCCACGGACUCAACUUCACGUGUCCCCCACCCACCUUAGGGGUUUGUCAGUUUGAGACGGGGGACGCCUAUUUGAGAGAGUUUUACCCCGAUGCUGUGGACAACAUGCACACGAACUUUGGGGCGCUGGGCGGCUUCACAGUGUCUUUCGUAGUGUUCACAAUCAUAGCCUUCAAGAUUCGAGGUAUACCGAACCUCAACUAGGACGGAAAUGGACGGGUUUUAAUCAAGCCAUAAAAGACUGACAACGAGUUUAACAAUAGUUAUCACUUUUUGCUCUAUUUGUUGUUGAAACUUUGUAUUUAUUGUUAACGAUGUCUGUGAUAAAUAAAUUUUAACAAAAACA